AUACGCAACAGUGAGGAAAACUUGCGAAACAAAUAAACUGACACGUUUCCAUUCAGUUUUCUUGUUUGUUUGUGAUAUAUAUCUGCAUGAGAUAAAGAUACAGUGGUGCAAUGUUGACGGAUCAUCCGGUGAAUCCUCUGAGCUCAGGCAUUCCCUUUGGAGUCACACACAACCCACAUAGAAAGAGGGUCUCACGCCUCAGGUCAGGGAGUCCUCUGAAAAGAACUCAAAACUGCUUCUUUGGGGUAGAAACCUGGGCUGAGUUGGUCUGGGAGGGCUGGGAGCCAGGACGAGAGUAUACCAAAUCACUGUUCCUUAAAAGCAUACAUGGAAAACUCCAGAAACUCACCUUCGGACCUCCUGCUUCCAAGUUCUUCAGCACACCAUUUCCUCAGACCAUCCUUCUGAGCCCAGGAACGUCUUACUCACUCACAGUUACUUUUCAGCCUCUUGAGAAAUGUGAGUAUGCAGACGCUAUAGAGUUUCAGGGUAAGGAAGGCACAUUCCAGGUGUCUCUGCAAGCUGUGACUCCUCAUCAUGCCCUGGAGGUACCAGACACAGUGAUGUUGCCACCUUGUGCUGCCCAGCACAGCUCCCAAACCAGCUUCCGCUUUCGUAAUUCCAGUAAGCUGCAAACAGGAUUCGGGUGGUUUGUGGACCCUCCCUUCCAGCUGUCCCCUGAAACUGGACAGUUAAAGCCUGGAGAAGAAUGCAGGGUUACAGUAGAGUUUAAACCCCAGCAGGCUCUAGGGUAUCAGGCUGAGGCCAGCUGUGCUUUUGGAGAUGAUGGGGAGAGCAGCUGUGCUGUGCUUCUGCGUGGGCUGUCCAAGUACCCCCACCUCCAGAUCCGCUUGGGGCAGGAGGAAGGCUGUAAGGUGUUGGAGUUUGGCAGUGUGGCAGUAGGAGACUCUCUUGAAAGACACUUUGAGAUCUACAACCUCUCCACUGUUAGCACAACAAUCAGUCUAUCCUGGUUGAGACGUCCCGCUCUCAUGGAGUCUGUGUUCUGCUGUGAGGUGCAUGAGGGGAAGAUCGCUCCAAAUUCAGUGUUGAAAGUCCCUGUCUGCUUCUCCCCACUCAUAGUGGACAGCAUUAGUGUGGACUACCUCUCUGUUACCUGUCCUGGAGCUGUAAGCAGAGACCUGCUCAAAGUGUCAGGAACCUGCAUAGGUCCAAUAGUGUCUCUAAGUACCUCUGUAUUGGACUUUGGCUGUGUUGAGGAAGGCACAGAAGUCACACACAAUGUACAGAUCAUCAACUCCUCUGCAGUAUUGGCCCAUUACCAGUUUGAUGUGAUCACUGGCAGCCAUAGUGUGUUCAGCAUUGAUAAGCCUUGUGGCUCUCUGCCAGGCAGCAGCAAACUCACUCUGCGUGUGAAGUUCCGCCCACAUCAACCUAUAGCUUAUCACAAGACAGUGAUCUGUUUGCUGCUGCACAGGGAGCCACUGUUUCUGGAUUUGAUUGGCACCUGUCACUCAGAGCAGUUGAAGCCAGCCGUUUUAAACCCCAGACACCUGAGUGUCUACAGAAUGAAUCUGCUACGAGGGCUCACCUGUUAUCCUCCUGACAUACUGAGUGCCUUGCUGGAUGAACACAAAUUAAAACUUGAUGAUAGCGGAGCAUUGCUAAUCCAGGAGAUUCCAGCAGAGGGUACUGACAAAUCCACACUUCUCUUCAACCCGCGCAGUCCUCUGGAGGAGUAUUUCCACAUUAAUUCAGCACCUGAAGUGGAAACAGAACUUGACAACACCUCAAACCCCUCCAGAUUCCCCAGCCCCCAUGUUACAGUUCAGCCAUCUGAGCUCCUUUUUUAUGACGGCCCAGCAUCUAAGUCAGUCUCCAUCACCAACCACACCAAAGGCAAGAUCUGUCUGAUGUGGACUCAUGUAGCUGAAUCCCCUUUCUCCAUCUCUCCUCUCUCCUGUGAGCUGGGCCCAUUAAAGAGCACAGCCUUCAGAGUGACAUACAAUCCCAACCAGCAGAACAUCUUCCAUGCAGCACAGCUUGAGUGUUUCACUUUUUACAAGGUUCUGAGGGAUCAUAGAAAUGUGGAGGAUUGGACUUUGUGUCCACCCUGGUGCCUUACAGUCAGGGUGAGCGGUCACUCAUUUCAACCUGGAAAAGAGCACUUCAUCCCCAACUUCUCUCUUCAAUACCCUAAAGUAGUAUUCCCUGCACUGAAGCAGGUAUCAUACCGCAGUAUUCUCCUGCAGAAUACAGGUAACCUACCCUUGAUCUUCAGAUUAGAUCCAGAGGAAUGUCCACCUGUAUGCGUGCUUCCACCCAGUGGUCUGGUUCCAGCAGGCAGCCACCAGAUCCUUACCUUCAGAUGCACUCCAUCACCGGAUCAUCCUGCCAGUAUCCCUUUGACAUUACAUCUGAAUGCCAGCCCCAAACACACACAGGUACUGAAUGUGGUCGCUGUAGCAGAGAAGCUUUUCAUGAGCGUGGAGGGGGAUGGAAGUCUGUUCUUUUAGCCCACAGCCGUGGGCUCGUGCUCUCAGAGAACCCUGCAGGUGAAGAACAUGAGCAGAGUGCCGGUGGAGUUCAAGUGGAGGCUGACCAGAUCUGACCAAAGGGUUCUGACUGUACUGCCGGACACAGACAUGCUCCAGCCCAAUGAAUCAAAGGUACAGAAAUGGUCCUUUGCCCCUAUGGAGGAGAUGAUGUACAACAUGAAGCCCAGUCUCACAUUCUGGCCUGUCCAAAUGCCACAAUGCAAGAAAUCCAGGCUUACCAUUAAGGCUGUCAGAUUGGCAUGCACAGGUUCUCUCCAGGCAGAGCAUCCUGUUAUAGAUCUUGGUGAGGUGCUGGUGGGAAGCUGUAAGUCAUUUGAUGUCCCUCUACUGAACGACAGCCCCUGUGCUGUCAGCUACUCUCUGAUCACACAGCAGAGCGUCACUGUUACAGGCCUCCCAGAAGAUAUGACUCAAGAUCCUUCAGUUCUGGAGAUGGAGAAUGUAAGUGGAAACAUACCUGCUGACUGCAGGCUACCGAUCCGCUGCACAGUGAAACCGGCUCGCAGGGCCCAUUACUGCUGGACCAUCAGUUACCACAUCCUCAAUGCUUCUGUCUCUGUGGGAGGAGAGCCGCAAUCUGUAUGCCAUGUACAGGCCGAGGGAGUGUAUCCCACCCUGGAGGUGAUGGAUGCUCGUAGCUGUGGCAGUGUGGAAGGACUGAGUAAACUGCAGCUCUGGCACCUCUUCGAUCUGGAUGCAUUCAACGCUUAUCUACACAGAGAACCCAGCCCAUCUGAGCUCACCUUCAGGGUGCCCACUAGACACAGCCUUCGACGUUGCCCUUCCGUCUUCACCUCAGCCAUGUUGGAUUUUAGCUUCAGUGCUGCUCCCCUGGGCUCAGACCCCUCCAGUAUUCUGCUUUUGUUUAAGAACCCAGGAAGUAUUCCUGUAGAGUGGUCAUUCUUGCUCCCAGAGGACCAACAGAUUGAGCUGGAGUACUGGGCUGAGACUGGAGAUUUCAGUGCAUCUGAGCUCCACCUGAUGAAGAUUCAGGACCACCGGCUCUUCUCUAUCUCCCCACACUCUGGUAAACUCCUGCCUGGCCAACAGAGGACAGUGCAAUUCACAUACAGACAUGACUUUGUGGGAACAGAUCGUCUUCCUGUCUUGUUGAAACUUUCACAUGGAAGAGAGAUACUGCUGAAUUUUAUAGGAGUAACUGUGGAAAGAGACAGAUGCUACAUUUACCUCUCCUCCAACCGGCACAUCUUUUCCCCGGUGGCAAUUGGAGGGUUCAGUCCCCCCAAACAGGUGUAUGAGCUGUAUAAUGCAGGCGCUCUCCCGCUUAGAUUUCACAUCGACACCACUCCACUGGAGGAACUGAUGGAGGAGAACUUCAGUCAUCCAUUCUUACAGUGUCUGAACCCUGGAGGAGAAGUGGAACCAGGCCACACCGCCCUGGUGGAGUGGAUCUUCUCCCCACUGGAGGCUAAAACAUACAGUGUGGACAUACCUAUUCAUGUGGUGGAGGGGGACAGCAUGUUCGUAACCUUUGAGGGCCAAGGCUUUGAUGAAAGAGAGUCAGAACCCAUUCAAAUACAGGAUGGUUGUAUUACUGUGCCUUGCACUAAAAGAAUCCCAGUACCUGGACAAGUGGUGUUCCUGUCAGAAGAGAGAGUGUGUUUUGGUGAUAUCCCAGUGGGCUCUCGUAGUACACGCAUCCUUUUUUUGACCAACGUCUCACACACAGACCAAGUGUUGUAUAAAUUGAACGGAACAAGCACAGAAUGCCAGCAGACUGUAAAGAUCUGUCCUGAGAGUGGUCGUCUAGCACCGCUAGAUUUUGUUGAGUUCACACUGGUCGUGGUCGGUCAUUCUGUGUUCUCCUACAGGAGUCUCCUAGAAGAGCCUCAGUUCCAGCAGUCUCUGGUAGAGGGCGACAGUGAGCAGGGGCCGUACUUCACACAGCUGCGGCCUGCUCCUACGCUCCCCACACAAACACAACCCCGCUCUGCUGCAGGCAGCCAGAACCCUGUAGAAAUGUUUAGUGUGUCCAGUGUCACUCCAGCAGAGACUUACACAGGAAACUAUAGCACUGCAGACAGACCCAAGAGUGAGUGUGACCAGGAGUCUCUGAAUGAAGUCCAGGAGGAGAUAAAGAUGAAGGUCCAGGAGUCCAUUCGCAGGUUGCCUGAGUUUUGUGACCUGGUGGAGGACAUUUUGCUGAACAUGUUGCAGAACCUAAUGACGGAAGCUUUCUUGGGUGAGCUGGUGCUGACGACACGACCCCGAAUCAUUGCACUUCCACCAUCUUCUUCCAGGAAAAACAGUCUUGGCUCCAACAGACAGUACAGGGCCGAAUCGAAUGACAACAGGGAGCAGAUGCACCCCCUAGUGACCAGCCCAAGCCCAUACAUGUCUACUCAAGCCAUGGUCUCAAACCUGGAGCCUGAGUAUCUGUAUGACAUGCUUGAGACUGAUUUGUAUUAA